AUGUCAAGUUUACGAAUAUUCUCCAAGGUCGGCCCUCGCUCAAUUCUAACAAACCGGCCAUAUAUUUCGACCCCGAGACAAGAUCCACAAAGUGCAUCCGAAGCAUAUUUUGAGAAAUUUGCCUUUUCGAGACUCAAUUCCUCCAGCAGCUCCUCCUCCAGCAGCUCCUCCUGCCAGUCCAGCAGCUCCUCCUCUCCAGCAGCUCGCAGCAGCUCUCCUCCUCCCUCCUCAGAGCUCCUCCUCUCAGCAGCUCCUCCUCCAGCAGCUCCUCCAGCAGCUCCUCCUCCCCAGCUCUCCAGCAGAGCAGCUCCUAAGCAGGCUCCUCUCCUCCAGCAAGUCCUCCUCCAGCUGGCUCCUCCUCCAGCAGCUCCUCCUCCAGCAGCUCCGCAGAUCAUCCUCCUCCAGGCUACUCCUUAA